AUGGCCGCUUCCGCUACGCCCAUCCCUAUCCGAUCACACAGCACCACCUUCUUCGAGCUGCCGCUCAAGAAGCGCAAGCAGCGUCGCCUGCUCGAGCAGGAGCAACGCCAACGAGCCCUUCUGGAGGCCGAGGAGGAGUCACGCUCCGAGGCGUGGACCUACAUCAUCGAGUUCCUGGAGGCUUCCGAGUGGCGCGAUCAAACGGGCCAGAUCACCGUGGUAUACGACGCCGUUCCGACCAUGGACGGGCUCGUGUCCUACGGCUUCUUGGACGAGAAGGAGGGCACAAUUGCCUGCCGGCGGCUGUUCAAAGCCCCCGUCGUGUGGGACGAGCUGGGCCGCGGGCUCUGGAAGGCCCUGCGAUCCGUCGCGGACCAGCGCCGAGCUGCUCUGGAGGAGGUCGCCCGGGCCAACGCGUGGAACUCUGCCACCGCCUCCGAGGCCUCAAACUCGCUCCCCGGCUCGCGGAGAUCAUCGUCGCGGCGGGCGUCGGAGGAUUCAUGCGCGACAACUUUGUCUGGCGCGUCGGUGUCUGGACACGCCUCGCUGAGCUCGUCACCCCCCAGGAGGGGCAGCGUCCCUCGCAUCUUUUCCCGGAUUACAGCCCGGCGAUAG